CAAAUUAUCACAUUUCUAUAUUAAAUAUAUCUGUAAAGUUAUGGACAAUCCCGAAACCCUCAAAAUCCUCAAGGAAACAAUAGACAAAUUAAAGAUCACCAAAGAGAACCUAAGAGAGAUAAGGAAAACCAAUUAAACCUUCCCUCGUCAAACCAAUACCAGACUCUUAGAUGCGUUUUAAUCGUUUGCUUAAUUUGAUCGUGCUCCAAUCUGGAUGAUGAGAUAAGCAGGGAGAUACCUUCCUGAAUUCAAAGAAAUCAUGAAAAACAGAGAUUUCUUUGAUGCAUGUUAAGAUCCAUUCAUUGCAGCUGAAAUCACCUUACAACCAUUGAAACAAUUCGAAAUCGAUGCUGCUAUCAUAUUCUCGGAUAUUCUAACACUUCCAAAAGCAAUGGGAAUGGAAAUUGUCAUGGAUAAAGAAAAAGGACCCAUCAUCAAAAAUAAAUUAGAAACCGUUGAUGAUAUCAAUAGAAUCAAAUCUCCAGAUCCAGAGAGUCUAGAACAUGUUUAUGAUGCAUUAUAUCUAACAAGAUAAGCUUUAUAAGGAAAGUAGACUCUCAUUGGCUUUUGUGGAGCUCCAUUCACUGUUUUUUCUUAUAUGGUUGAAGGUGAGACAUCCAAAAUGUUUCUAAAAACUAAGAAAUGGUUGUAUUAAUACACUUAAGAAACCAGAAAAGUCAUGGAUUUAAUUGCUAGGGAGAGUGCUCAAUAUUUAAUUAAUUAAGUCAAAGAAGGAGGAGCCCAAGUUAUUUAGAUCUUCGAUUCCUUUGCAGGAUAAAUUCCACCUAUUGAUUAUAUUGAAUUUGUUAUUCCCUCAUUAAGAAUCUUAUUAGAAGGAUUCAAAUAAGAGUGUCCAAACACUCCAUUAAUAAUGUUUGCUAAGGAUCAAAAUGGAGUUGAAGUUAUCUUGGCUUUUCUCAAAAUGUGCUUGGGGGAAACUCCUUUGAUUGACGGGUUCUAGUUGGAUUCCAAUGUUAGUGAUGAUGUCCUAAUCAAAAUUAUUGAAAGUGAUAGAACUAUCCAAGGAAAUCUUGAACCUGGAGUUUUGUAUGGUACUUAAUAAAUCAUAAAAAAGAGAGUAUCUUAAAUGAUUGAAAAAUUAUAAACAACCAGAAGAUAUAUUAUGAAUUUAUCGCAUGGAUUGACUCCUGAUCAUGAAGUUGAAAAAGUUAGGUAAUUCAUUUAGGAGUCUAUACGAUAAUCAAAGUUAUAUAAAGUAAGAGAGAUAUUAGAAUGA